AUGCUGGCUCUUGAUACCAUGUUAACAGAAAAGAAGAAGAAGAUAUUACUGAGUGGUUGCGGAGGUUUUGAUAAUAAUGUAAGAGUUGUUGGACCAGCUCUUGCAUUGAAGUAUUUAGAGAUACGGAAUUGCCGCAUUGAAAGCAUUGAAAUCAGUUCUGCAAACCUUGUUUCAUUUACUUAUGCUGGAGACUGGAUACGCUUGUUUCUCUGGAAUGUGCCGCGGCUUGCUGAGGUGUCCCUUGCCUGUGAUAGCAGAGCUUCUACAGUGGCUGUCUUCUCCACACUGCACUUCUGUCAUUCUCAGCUGGAGGUCCUCACACUGAAAACAAGCCUGAUCCACAAAGAGAAUUAUACAUUUCCUGGCUUAGAAAUUCUCAAACAUUUGGAAGUAAAGAUUGCAACUGAUGAGGAUUGCUGUCUCCUUCAAUUAGCUUCUUUCAUUAAGGCAUCUCCAGAGUUGCAGAAACUGGUGUUGGAGUUGACAGGUGCGGUGAGACCGGAACAUGAGAUAGGAAUCAAGGAAGCUGCCAAUUGCUCCCGUAAUUCCCUCAGGGUAGUGGAAGUGAGAGCCUAUUGUGGUCGGCCCGGUGACUUGAAGCUUAUCAUGUACUUAAUCAAGAACGCUGUUAAACUGGAAAAAAUUGUUGUGCAUCCUAAAGAAGUAAGGGCAGUAGAUUUUGCUAGGCGGCAACUCAAAAGACUAAGUCCCUAAACAUAUAAACUUUGUACGCCUCUAAAGGGCAAAGAAUUAUUAGGUCCUUGUGCCUGCCUUUCCCCUGUAUUUGGUAUAUUUGGGAUUUUUGUUUUUGUUUUUGUUUUUGUUUCGUUGCUUCUGGCCUUGUUUGACAAUUUCUUUUGAUCUCAACCUCCGCCAGUUGAAAUUUUAUAGAGGGUGGGUGGCUUACUCGAAUCAAGUGCAAUGUAGACGCUUGAAUUGAUUGCUCUGAUUUGGAUUUGAGUUUUUGUUUCCUCAUGCUCCUUGCUGUUGUUUUGUAAUUUUUGAAUUUUAUUGCUUAAAUUGACACACUAGUGCCUUGACCAGUAUC